UUGGAGAAAGCCAAAGAGCAGGAUGAUGAAGACCAGUCUCGGUCUCAGACUCAGAUCCAGUCAUCUGAAAGCCCGCUCUCAGCCGCAGAGGGGCCCAAGAAGCCUGGCCGCAGGAAGAAGGUCGCAGUACCACCAGCAGCAGAAGCGUUGGACCUGGAGAUGGCCAGUCCCAUCAAGAAAGUGGCCCGGGCCCGCAGCAAAGCCAAGGCUCUGGCCAAAGCCCAGGCUCAAGCGGAGGCCGAAGCGCAGGCUGCACUGGCAGCAAAGAGGCAGGCGGAGCGGAGGGCGCAGGCUCGGAGACGAAUGGAGGAGAGGAAGAGACAGCAGAUCAUCUUAGAGGAGAUGAAGAAGCCUGCAGAGGACAUGUGUCUCCCCGACCACACGCCCCUCCCACAAUUGUCACGGAUACCGGGACUGGUGCUUUCGGGUUUGGCCUUCUCCAAUUGUUUAAGGUUGGUUGAGUUCCUGCAUGGUUACGGAAAGAUUCUGGGUCUCCAGGUGCCCAAGGAUAUUCCCAGCCUGAGCGCCCUGCAGGAAGGGCUCCUCGGCAUGGAGAAGA